AUGGAAGAGAUUUCUGGUCGCGCAGACGGCGCAGACGAGACAAGGAUCGACGAGUUCACCACAGAAGUUGCACAGGAAGAGAUUUGUGAUGGCGCAGAUUGCGCAGACGGGUUCACCACAGUUGCACAGGAAGAGAUUUCUGGCGCAGACAAGACCUUAAGGGUGGACGACUUCACCACAGUUGCACAGGAAGAGAUUUCUGGUCGCGCAGACGGCGCAGACGGGUCCACCACAGAAGUUGCACAGGAAGUUUCUGGUCGCGCAGAAGGCGCAGACGAGACAAGGAUGGACGAGUUCACCACAGUUGCACAGCCUCAAAUAGCAGUGGCACCAGCAGUGGCCAAGAUGAUCGCCCCGAUCAUCUGGGCCUGUGCGAUCGCCAAGCUGAUGGCCCAGCCGGCCCAGCAGAUGAUGGCCAAGCUGAUGGCCGAGAUGGCCCAGCAGAAGAUGGCCAAGCUGAUGGCCGAGAUGGCCGAGAUGAUCGCCCAGACGAUGAUGGCCAAUCUGAUUCUUGGUUGGGAGAAUUCCAAAGUCCUGACAGAGCUGGAGGACCGGACACUCCGUCAGACGGCUCCGGCUCUGUCAGUGACUUGGACCAUGCAUGUAGCGAGUGUAUCGCGCUUGGCCGUUGCCUUCACUGUGGGCAACCUCUUCCAAAGAGAAGAGCGCGCUGAAUCUUCCAAAGAGAAGAGCGGGCCGAAGAAAUGUGAGCGCUGUGACAUUUCUUUUGCAUCUCCCAUGUCAUGUGUCAAUGUCAAUGAUUGA